AUGGCAAGCUAUGAUUGGCGCAUGAGGCAUGCUGGGUUGAUUUGGAGAAGAGACUGGCAAGACUGCUUCCACCGCCAACUCUUUGCUGUCCUCAUCCCUGCCCUCAAAGACCCUGAACCACAAGUCUAUGUGCACACCGUGUUGGCACUUAUCAACUUCUGCAAGGGCGUCGAGCGUGAUACCUUUCUUCUCUACCUUGAGCCAAUUGUUGAACAAUUGCUGAAGUUGUUGAAUCCAAGCAGUGACCAGACGCAGGUGAGGUGGUAUGUGCAGGAGCAGGCAAUCACAACGCUUGCAAUGGUUGCGGAUGCAAGUGAGGUUACAUGUGGAAAGGUACAUCCUCUUUUUGGGAAGAAAUUGUGCUACCAAUACUCAUUGACAAAGGAGGUGACUUGA